AUGGUUUCAAUAAGUCAACUUGUUCAUUAUACUCAUGAUGUCGCGAAGCAGGUGCUUCUUGAGGCGAGAGAAAGGUCCAGGAAAACUGCGAAUAUAAAGGCUUUCAUAGCGGACAAUGCUCUCACCCAUCUGGCUUCGUACAUCAUGCAGCCGCCUCCCCCAGAGCUACUCAACCUAUCCCUUUCCGUCUUUGCCAAUUUACUGAGCGACGAAGAUGCCAAACGCCAAAUCAACCGCGAACAAAUUCAAGGACUCAUCCGUCUCCUCGACGAAACAACUGCAGAUGAAGACUUCGACGGCACACAAGAAGUUCAAAUUGAAAUGAAAGGGCGAUUGAUUCGAGCGCUGACGAAUGUUGCCCAAGGAAGCGCCGCCAAUCGCGAUAUUUUGGUCGAAAACGGCGCGUUCAAGAGCAUCGGCGCAGCGACUCUUUCCGAAGAGAAUCCCGACCUGUACGAGGUCGCCUGCCGAGCACUGAGAAUCAUUCCAUCAGACGCAGUCCAGCGAAAACUCGCAGCAACAACAUGUGCGGAAAUCCCGGCGAAGGCGCUACUCAUGGAUCGCAAAAUCGCCAGGUCCGCCGUCAGAGCAGUUUCUAAUCUGUCAAAAGCUAUCAAUCCGCAUUUGACGUCAUCCCUUCUCCAUUACGAUGGAAAGCCAAUCAAGGUUCUUCUCAGAGCGAUCACCUCUAGGACAAUUUCGACGCGCCAGGAUGCACUCAGUGCAGUUUUACGGCUGACCCAGAGAGUCGGAGCGCUACGACCGAAGAUUUGCUCCUACGGCGGUCUGCAGCUCUUCAAAGCUAACUUAGAGAAAACGGGAGGCGGGUACACUCGUUUCGGGAUCCCCUUCCUCCGCUCAAUUUGCUGCUGCAUUAGAGAAGCAAUAAAUCGAAAGAAAGUGCGAGAAAUUGGCUGCCUGAGAAACUUUUCGAAAAUUCUUGAAAAGCCAAUUACUUCGGAAACAAAACCGCUGGCGGAAGGAGAUGAGUGGAUUCUGAUGGCAAAAGCGAUUGUUCUGACUUCGCUCACGAACUUUUAUUAUGACGAUGAAGGGAUAACGGAAAUGAUAUCGUUGGAUUUUGCUUCGUCGAUUGCUACUCUCCUUCCUGAAACACUGAUCGACAUCGCCGAAAGCCCAGAUGCACCGACCGACUACGACCAUCAAAUUGCUGCUAGCUCCGAUUUGCCCACCGCUUUCAACAAAGUAGACCUCGUUGCUCCUCUAACCGCGCCGCAGAAUUCCGUCCAGAAGAUGAAAAGACUUCAAAGUAGCUCUUCGUCUGAUGAGUCUUUUGAAUCAGGUCUUAGCCCUCCCAGCUCGCCUGUCAGAAGAGCAUUCAAAAGAAGAAAACGCAGUCAUAGAACUUGGAGCAGUAGCUCUGACGAAAGUCUCGGAACUCCUGGAUUGCCCGCUUCUCGCGAUCGCUUAUCAGCAAUUGAAGCUUCGCCCGACCGAAGCAGAUCUGCAAGCCCCUUGUCAAUUUUACCUACUCCACCUCCAACACCUAAUCAUGAGCCAACCCAAACUCCCCCUGUGCAAGAAAAAGUCUCGAAUAAACUGACUCAGGAAGAAGCCGCGAUUACAAUUCUCAACAGAUUCAUGAUGGUCAAACCAAACGAAACAAUCGAGCAAUUAUCAAAGCCAGAAGUCAUCAUUGCGAUAUUUUCGUACAUCAGCAAAGGCGGCCAGCUGAAUUGGAUAAUUCAGAAGAUCAUGGAAAGCAUCAUCUCAAAGGGAAAAUUUAGCAAUCUUCUGAUCGCAAAUUUCAUGACCGUCUUGGCAAAGACAAUCGAAGACCGAUACACUCUUGAUCUCCCGGAAGACAAAAAGGACGAUCUUCUUUGCAACAUCACUGCGAAAUGGAUAGAAGAAUUUGUUGUUGCUUCAAGAGAACAUAUUUUCACAAUAGACGCUUGGCUAGAAGCCGGAGAGGAUGAUCAACAACUGGCGGUGGCGCGAACGAUUCCAUUUUUGCUCAGUGACGAGUCUAACUGGCUUCAUUUGCCGGCUUCUUUCGAUAUUUUAAAAGAUAAUAUUGAUGAGCACAGUUUUCGAUCAAUCCUUGCGUUUUGCACCGAAGCACUAAAAAAGAUCCCCCGGAUUGCAGAUAAUUCGGAAUCCCAUAAUUCGGAAUCGCUUAUGAUUGGUAAAGAUUACGAUGAUAAGCGGACCGUGACGGUGAAACUCGCAGACUGCAGCGUGACUGUCUCGCGGCGAAGGUUGGAAGAGAUUUCACCAAUGUUUCAGGCGAUGUUACAUCACGCCGAUUCAGCGCAAUUCACCGAAUCUACCGAUCUUAUCCAAUUGCCUACUUUCGAUUCGGAGAUUGUUUCGUUCGUCCUUGGAGUUUCCAAAACAAAACCAAAAGAUCCUAUCUCUGUUGAUCUCUUUUGCCAACAGUAUUUGAUCGAGGAAAACAUCAGACAAAAAAUUCAAAGCGCGCUUUGGGACUCGAUCAAAAAAGGGUUGGAAGAUGGUGAAAACGAGUCCCUUCUGAUUCACGUUUCGGAAAACUCGAAUUCCGAGCAGCUUUUGCCCUGGCCAGUGCGCGUCGUCGAGCACUUGGUUGACUUUUCCAACCGCUCGUUUUUCAAAAGAUUUUUCUUCUCCCAAUCAGAUCAUGUUUUCAACAUUCUGAAUUAUCUUCUGAGAGUUUCUUCACCGACAUCAACAUCCUGA